CCAGUUCUUUCAUCUUUUUUCUAUUCUUCUCUUUUUCUUUUUCCUUAUGUACACUCUUUUUUAUUUUUUGCUUAGUAUCUCCCUUUUUUACUUUUAUUUUUAUGUUAUUCCCUUCUUCCCUGUUGAAUGGAGGCUACAUUGGAUAAUUACUCGGUCCCCACUUAAUGACUCACCGACAUAUUCUGUUCGUAUUAAGGAAUCUUGGACUUGCGAACAUUUGUUGCAGUAUUCCGGCUAUGUUGAUUUACUUGAUGACCACUUCUUUUUCAUUUUCAACCCUUCACAAGACAAUCCUUUCAAAGACUCGACUAUACUUUGGCUUAACGGAGGUCCUGGCUGUAGUUCUUUGAUGGAUGCUUGGGCUGGUAUUGGACCUUGUCAUAUAACCGAAUAUAGCAAUGAAACUGUGCGAAAUCCUUACACUUGGAACAAACACAACAAUAUUCUAUUUCUGGAUCAGCCUAUUGGAACAGGUUUCAGCUAUGGACGAUCAAAAACUGCAACAUCUUCCGAAGCUGCUAAACAGGUCUAUACUUUCCUUCAAGUCUUUUUCAAUGCCUUGCCCCAAUAUAUACCAACAUCCCUUAUCCUUGCUGGUGAAUCUUAUGCGGGUAAAUAUUUGCCGGCUUUAUCAGGUGAAAUUCUUUUCCAAAAUGAACAAUUGGACCAAGGUAAACAGAAUGGAAUUCGACUUGCUUUGAAAUCUAUCAUUAUUGGAAAUGGAUGGACAGAACCCAAAACUCAAUUGGUAAAUUUUCAUACCUUUGGCUGUGACGAUGACAAUGAAUAUAAACCUCUUUUUGAUGCCAGAACAUGUACAAGUAUGAAAUCAUCAGCACCGCGAUGUCAAUCCCUUAUGGAAAUUUGUUACAAAUAUCCUACAAAAUGGGGAUGUAUUCCUGGAUCACUUUACUGUCAAUAUACUCAACUUUCUCCUUAUGAUGCGACUGGAUUGAACACGAUGGAUAUUCGGAAACGUUGUGUGGAUAAAAAUUAUUGCUAUUGGAUUGAACAUUCUCUAGAAAUAUAUGCCAACAAUCAAGAUGUACGAUCUUCUUUGGGUGUAGAUAAUCAGGUACCACCCUUUCAAUAUUGCCGGUCCAGUAUCAAUGAACGUUUCUUGUUUGCAAUGGACCCUGUAUUAGAUCACUCACCUUUUAUAUCCGAAGCUUUGAACCAAGGUAUUGCCGUACUCUUAUAUGCAGGGGACAUGGACUGGAUCUGCAAUUGGAAGGGAAACAAGGCAUGGGCAUUGGCAUUAGAAUGGAAUGGCAAACAAGGAUUCAAUAUGGCAAUGGAUAGAGAACUAUACACCGAUACCUCGGAGAAGCCGACUGGACAAGUACGAUCUUUUGACAAGUUAACUUUUCUUCGUGUAUUUGAUGCUGGUCAUAUGGCUGUAAUCGAUCAACCGAUGGUAAUACAAGAAUUUGUUACCCAGAAAUGGAUGAAAGAAUGAUUGAAUAUGGUUGUUGAAUAUGCGUUUAUUAUUUUAUCCAAUAAAAUAUGUUCAUCCUCCUUGUUCCUUUU